AUGGACGGAAACCGUGUCGAAUUGCCCGAUGGACAUCUCGUGAAUCUCUCACCACGACCUGCACGCCCAAGUCCAUACAAAGCCUAUCGAGCCGAGUACCAGGUAUCAGCCACAGAGUUGUCUGCGCCAGUUUCGGCUCAGAGCCCGCAGGCAAUAUCAGCAGAUCAUGUCAUUGCAAGCGUCGCGUCUGGAAAUGUGUCACAAACAUCAAAAGCGACCAAGCUGCCGCUUCCGAAGAACUUGGUUGACAAUCAUAACGACGAAUUGAACCAAACACCUUGUCCCACCGGGCUCCCCAAACCGAAGACACCUAGCCAGUCAGGACGGCCUGGUAGCCAGCCUAGAUCUUCAGAGAAAGGUCGUGACCAAUACUGGAGGAAAAUUCGGGAUAAAUUUGAGAAGGAUUCGCCCUUGUCUCCGCGAAGUCCCAAAAGCAAGGAAAACGGUAAAAGCCAGUCUCCAAACCCGCGAAUCUCCUAUCAUCGGUGCAGACCUCCCAUUAGCAGCCCUCAACUCCAGAAAAGUCCCCGAGGAGCCAUUCUACGAUCAGGCAUUCCGACCCCCACUGGAAUUAGCAGGCCUGCGCAGGAUGUGAGGAUCGAUGCCUCUGUUUCCCGUCCGGUGGAUAGCUUGAAUAAAUGGCAGAAACAAGGCGACCAAUGGGUCAAUUUAGAUGCCACUGAGACUACUCCCCGGAAAUCAGUGAGAACAGAUACGACUGUCGAUUCUAGCCCUCAAUCACAUUCUUCCAUCUCGCCAGUAUCUGCCGAGGAAAGCUCCAUAACGGAUUGGGAAGAUCGAUUUGUUGUGAACAUGCCAACUGCAAAAGAUCCCAACCCGCCGAUGAUGACAGCUCAACAAAUUUCCGAUUAUCAGAAAAGCAUUGAAAGGGUACACAGAGAAGGUGGCCAAAUGCUAGAUCCAGAUUCUCUGCCCAGCCGCAACCCUUCACCUGAGAGCAAAUGCAGCUUGAGCGGACAACGAGACCAAAGCCAUAAGGAAGUCAUUACAUCUGACGGGGCGUUUGACGGAGAUCAAAUACCAAAUUUAUCGCCAGAUGAAUAUCGCCUACCAUUGCCUCACUCACAAUCUCCAUAUAAGCCUCCCCAAGCGCCUCCGCCUGCCUCUCAACCUACCACUGCACCCCAACGUGUAGUAGCGAACCACUACUACAGCCCAGAUGAAAUCGGACAUAAUCGAAUUAGCACAAUAUGGGAAGAAUCACCAACAAAAAUCAAAGAAAAGCGACACCCUCAAAAUGCCGACGGCUCUUUUUUAGGGUGCAGGGAGAUCUCAGGGGAGAAAAAUCCAGACGACAUUCUCAAGUUCGCUUCUCCAGACGAUGCCAGUCUUCAUCCACGUCCAUUGGCCCUGGCAUCCAAAAACAAGCAAAAGGAAACGAAGGAGGUGAAGAAAGGGAUAACCCGCAAAACCACACACAAAGUGGAGGAGACCUUAGUCCUCCAAGACGAAAAGCCGCAAACUUUUCGGAAUACGAAGCCUGCCCAAUGCUCGAAGCAAUCAACGAUCUCCCAAGAACAGAUUUGUGUUCCGAACCCUACUUCGAUUCCGGAGUCAGGGACCCAGGAUUCGGGGAAAGAGAACUUCCACCCUACCAGCAAUUCUCCCGACCAGUCCGGAGACCACGGGAAAGGUCGGGGGGAGGACGAUUUAUUCAUCACCACACCCACUAUCACACCCACUAUGAUUCCUACCCCCGACAAGAAACUUUCUGUGCCAAAGCUGCAAGGCUUGCGUCGUCCUGGUGGCGCAAGCCACACAACCACUGCCGAAGCUAUAAAGGCCGUCCGGGCAAGGGCUCAGAUGAUAACAACACCGUUGGGAUUACGGCCCGGAGGCUCGAGUUCGAACAUCAAGCCAACAAUUCCUAUCUUGAAGUCUCCUCAAAUAUUGCCAUCCACCAGCAAAUCAACCACGGAGCAAGAUCAAGCCGUCGACCAGAGCCAAGUUCCAGAUCAAUUACAAGAUCACAAUAUUCCAGCACGAGCCGCGGGGACAACGGCACAUACUGUCCGUGGCUUCAUCCGUACCUCCGGGCUGGCAAAGCCUUCAGGACUGGUGAAGUCACCUACCGACAGUCUCACCACCAUACUGCGCAACGGGACAGAGUGCCUCCGUCAUCGCGCUGAGACUUUGCGGAAUGCUUCUGGAUCUCUCCCGCGCUCGAACCGAAAGCAAUCAAAAAGCCCGAAACCUACUCUUCCGUCCAGAGACAAUUCAGAAUCAUCACGCUCUGAACGGUCAUUUCAAUCCGCAAAAGAAUCGCAGGCUAUCACGGGAAAUGUUCCUGUCUCGCCGCCAAAGGUGGUCAAAGCGGAAACUAAACACACGGAAACUAAACACACGGAAACUAAACACACGGAAACUAAACACACGGAAACUGAACAUAAGAAAACUAAACCCGUGGAAAAAAAGUCAUCAGCAAACGAAUUACCUUCAUCGGGAUCAAAUGUACCGAGGAAACCAGUGCCCAUAAGAAUUACUAUAUCAGAAACCCCUCCCUCGUCACAUAACCCGGAUAAGCUUCCCACAUCAACCAGAAAGAUAUCCGCGCAGGCAAAGCCUUCCAAGUUGGACAAACCCAUCAAGGCUACCAAAACAGCCACAUCUGCACAGCCUGCACCUGAUAAGACAAAAAAUCCCGAUGCUGGAUCAAAAGCAGAUCAGCGGGCCAAAAUUCUACCUCUACCUCGUCUCCGCACCACCGAUAAAGUAUUGGAAAUCGCAGAGCUCGACGGGCUUCAGGUUGCGAGUCCUAAGGAUGAGUUAUUUCAACCCAAUAUCACAGACGUCUUUGCCGAUCUCGGUGACAUGCACCACCGAAACAAAGAUCAUGACGAAGGCCAGGGAAUCAGCCCAUUGAUCCUCUCACUUGUUUUCAACAUCCUCGUUAUAGCUGUUACCCAGGUGAACCGAAUUUUCCGGAUGGGUGCCGAUAGCCCUUACUUCAAGUUCGUGGUCAAUAAUACUCUGAACAUGACUGGUCACUGCUGGAGAGUGUUUGAGUGCAUCUUCACCGCAGUGUCUCACUACCAAGCCACAGGUGCCUGGCCCAGGCCUCGCGGUGACAAAGCUAUCCGCCAGUUCAUGGUAGAACUGCUGCAAGCUGUUUUGUAUCUUCUCGUCCUUGGAUUUGCUGCCAUGUUGAUCGGCCGUACUGCUAGCUACGUCGUUCUCGUGAGUCGUUGGAUAUUAUGGUUUGCCAGACCCUUUGUGUGGGUCUUUCAAUGCAUCGGUCGUGCCCUUAUAGUGUAA